CGGCUUAAACGUUGGACCCAAACAGUAUUCAACCUUCAUUCACAGGAAGGCAGCGCUUACAAUUGAUUUAACUGACUAGACAAAAGACAGCAGGAUGUUGUCAAAGAAGGCGGAGCAGAGGUCAUUCAGCAACGGGCGUCUGAGAGACCAAUGGGAGAAGAGAGCGCAGACAAUAGCAGACCAGUGCAAACAGGAAGAACAACUGAAGGAGAAAAGUUCCCUGAAAUUGCUUUUCUCAAAGUGGAAUUAUCACUGGUCUCUGGUGGCCAAUGGAGACAAAACCAAAGGCGACACCUCUGACUUCAGGAGGGUCACCAGCUCGGAGGAAGCAGAAAAAACCAAGCCAAAAAUCAAAUUCAAAAUUGUACCCCCUCCUCCUCCCAAACCCAAAACUACAGCUCCUCCAGCCCCUCCUCCCAGGAGGGCCCCGUCUCCCAAACGUCUUAUCCUGAAGCGUAAAGUGGAAGUGGAUGUAUUCAGGUUAUGCUGGAAAGAGUCCUGGAUGAGCGUGAAAGCACCAAAGUAUCUUUUUCUCAAGGCCAAAGAGUCCAAAGCAAUCAUACCGGGAUUUACAACCAUAGACUCGGUCAACAACAAGGCUUACAAACUUGUGGGAUACGCUUCGCAGCCUGAGAGCAGGUCCUUUGAUGGCUGGGGUCAGGCGUGGAAGCAGGUGAAAGUUACAACCCUGUCGGAGCGUUGUGAGGAGAAACCAUUCCAAUGGGAUCUUCUUUUCGACAGAGAUAUGAUCCCAAGUCCACAAAUGGAAGAAUAUGCACUUCCUGUGUGGGCUGGCACAUGGAAAAUAAUGAACUUUGCCUUCAGACAACAGAAAAAAACGUGGGAUUGCGUUUGGCCUGAUCUCCAACAAAGUCACAGCGACGCUUUCGACAAAGUACACAAACUGUUGGAGGAGGACGAGCCCCUCGGGUGGGAAGACUCAUGGAGGCUUUCCAAGGCUGCAGUUACUGCUGAAGCCUGUACACUCACUGAGCUCACCGCUGAAAUGAUGAAGAUCAACGACGUCUUCCUGCCCGGCUGGGGCCGGUCCUGGCUCGUCUCUGCAGCGCCUCUGCAGGAAGGAGAAGAGCGUGAGAAGAGCUGGAGAUGUUGCUGGAGUUACAGGCAGCAGAUCAGGUGGUGCAUGACUUCACUGCAAAGCCAAACCAAGCACAACAACAUGCUGAUGAGGAGACGUGACCUCCUCAACCUCCUCCUCACAGCAAAACUGCAACAUGGCGUGAAGGACGCCACUGAAUGGUCAGACUCCUGGAGGAGCCUGAAAAGAUGGAUCCCACCUGACCAGCACGACCUGGAUGAGAGCCAGCACGACAAAGAUGACACAGAGGACGAGGAAAGCGUGGACGAUGGAUGGUUAGAUGAUGAGGAAGAAGAGGAUGACGAAUCAGAGGAGAAAAUGCUGGAAGAAGAGGAGGAGAGCAACGAAGAAGAAGAUGAGGGAGUUCAUGAUGACAACAGUGAAGAGGAAGUAAAGUUUGAAAAAGAUGAUCAUGAAGAUGAGGAGAGGGACGAGGAGGAGGAGGACGAUGAUCAAGUAGAUGGAGAAGAGGUUGAUGAAGAGGAGGAAGGAGAUGAAGAGCUUGAAGUGGAAAAUGAAACACACAAGGAAGAAGAUGAGAAGAAGCAUCGUGAGGACAGUGGAAUUCCUGAGGAGGAGAAGAAGGUUCAUGACAAAGACAACAAGGAGAUGGAGGAUGAGGACGUCCAUGAUCUGGAGAAACCAUGCAUGGAUGAGGAGGUAGAGGAGAAGGAAAACGGAGAUGAGCAAAUAUUUGAGAAGGACACCAAUGAUGGCGUGAAGGAUGAGGAACAGGGCAAUAAAAUGCACAUGGAGGAGAAGAAGACGCAACUACAAGGGGAUGAGGUUCAGAAGCUCAGGAGGAGAGCGACUGAGGAGGAGGAAGAAGAAGAAAAGGAGGAGGUUGGGGUAGUCGAGGAGGAGGAAGAAGAAGUCAAUAAUGACGAGGUUGAGAAGGACAGGAGGGGAGAGACUGAGGAGGAGGAAGAUGAAGUUGAGGAAGAGGAGGUUGACACGGACAAGAGGGAAGAAACUGAGGAGGAAGACGAUGAAGUCGAGGGGGAGGAGCUUGAGAAGCACAAGGAGGAAGAGGCUGAAGAGGAGGACGCUGCUGAUGAGGAGGAGAAAGAGGAGGUCAAGGAGGUUGAGGAGGACAAGAGGGAAGAGACUGAGGAGGAGGAGGACAAGAGGGAAGACACUGAGGAGGAGGAGGAAGAGGAAGAGGAAGAGCAGGUGAAGGAGGUCGAGGAGGACAAGAGGGAAGAGACUGAGCAGGAAGAAGAUGAAGUCGAGGAAGAGGAGGAGGAGAAGGACGAGAGGGAAGAGACUGAGGAGGAGGAGGAAGAGGAGAUUAAGGAGGACAAGAGGGAAACGACUGAGGAGGAGGAGGCUGUUGAAGAGGAGGAAAAAGAAGACGUCGAGGAGGAGGUUGAGAAAUACAAGAGGGAAUGCACGAAGGUGGAGGAGGAAGAGAAAGUGGAAGAGGAGUUUGAGGAGGAGGAAGUCAAGGAUGAGGCGGUUGAGGAGGAUAAGGAAGCGGAGGAUGAGGAGGGUGAGCAGGAAGGCACGCAGGACCAAAAGAAAAACGAAGAGGACGUAGAAGGUGAUGAAGAACGUGAGAGUGAAGAAGAAUACCAGGAUGCAACGAUGGGGUCAAAUGCAGAAGAAGAUGAAGAGCGUGGCAUCAAACAAGCAGACAAAGUGGAGUUUGAAGACGAAGAUGAGGAGGUCGAGGAGAAUAAUGAUGAUGAUAAUGAAGAAGAGGAUGAAGAGAGUGAUGAAAAAGAAGUAAACAAAGAAGUAGAUGAACAGGAUGAGGAUGGUGAUGAUGAAAAUGAGGAAGACGCAGAGAUAACAGAUGCAAAGCAUGAGGAGGAAGAUGACGGAGACUCCAACGUAGAUUUAGAAAGAACAGAGCACAAGUCCUCAAAAGCGACCAAACGCAAAGCGAAGACUCCGCUGCAUCUGCAGUUCCACAAAGUCAACACCUCCUUCUCCUCCUGGAAGAAGUCUUGGAUGGUGGCGAUGGCUCACAGGGUAGGCGACGAAGAUCAGGAAAACGAGGACGAGGCGGAGGAGCAAGAGGCGGUGCGAGCUUGGCGAGAGUCAUGGAGGAUCUGCCGCCGGAAGAAGCCAGAUGAGGAUGAAGUCGUGUGUUUCUCUAGCAAGCAUCGCAGUGUGAGGAACAAAAGACUGAUGCAUGAAGGAGACCACCUGCUGAAGAAGGAAUGGACUCUCAGUUGGAAGACCACCAAGAAGAGGAAUGACACUCAACAAAAAAGAUAAGGACGUUUGAUGAGUAUCGUGCAGAUUUUGCAGUCCACUAAUUCUCAUCAAGUUCUUGCAGUGUCCCAAGUUUAGCCACAGCGGGACAGUUCAGUUCCACCACGCUUUAGUUUGAAACAGUAAACAGUCAUUUGCAACGAGCAUGUGUACCGAAAGUCAGCACAGUCGUCCUUCAUUUGUUGAGGGUAUUUGCUUCCAGACCCGACCACGAUAGAUGUUCCACCAUGUAGGACUCACUGUUAAUAAAUGCAAUAUCUUCGUAGUUAGAGCAUAGAAAACCUGUUUAUACAGAUUUUAGCAUUAUUAGAGCCCUGUAGACAUGAAAUAACACCCCUAUAGUCACCUUUACACUUCUAUUAUUCGUUGUUUACAACACGUUGUGCAAUGUUAUGCUGCAGGGACUCGAGAUGGCAGCUAGCUAGCGAGCUAACAAGCUAGCAAGCCAGCGAGCUAACCAGUUAGCCUUGAAUUUAUUUCUUCUAAACUUAAGAAGCCAAAAACCUUUUUCACUCAAUCACAUCAGACAUGCCGUGGGUGACUUAAUCCAGUGUUAAGGUAAUGUAAUAUAAGCUAAUGUCUCAAUGUUUUGUGUCAUUACUCCCGCCUAGUGACCAGAAUACGACAUCUCACUUGUAUUUCAAAUUGUUUUGACUAAGAAUAGACCUUAGUCUACCACAAAGCAGCGGUCAUUUAGUAAUCAAAGCGUCAUAUUGCAAGGGACGGACUGUAUUAUAAUGGCACCGGGCUGAUCUAAAUGGUAGUAACCACACUGACACUAAUGAUGUAAUCAGCAUGUAAUUGUGUAAUAAUGCAGACUAAUGCACUUACAACAAGAGCUUGAAGGCAGUGUCGAGCGGUGAAUCUGGUACAUGGGCCUUCAGUGGAGACUUAACCAUCCAGGAUUUUUCUUGGCAGAUAUCACUGUCAGGGCCAGUACUGUUAAAAAAUAAUGCUAAUAAUAAUACUGUAUAUAUUGCCAUAUGUUGCCACAUGCCCUGACUGCGAUUCCAGCCACAGUCCCCUGUGCCCAGUCGCAAUGUCGUUACCCAAUGUCGUUAUGUUAUGUUAUGUUAUGUUAUAUUAUGUUGUUAUGUUAUGUUAUGUUGUUAUGUUAUGUUAUAUUAUGUUGUUAUGUUAUGUUAUGUUAUGUUAUAUUAUGUUGUUAUGUUAUGUUAUGUUGUUAUGUUAUGUUAUAUUAUGUUAUGUUAUGUUGUUAUGUCAUGUCAUGUUAUGUUAUGUUAUGUUAUGUUAUGUUAUGUUAUGUUAUGUUAUGGUAUGUUAUGUUAUGUUAUGUUAUGUUAUGUUAUAUUAUGUUGUUAUGUUAUGUUAUGUUAUGUUGUUAUGUUAUGUUAUGUUAUAUUAUGUUAUGUUUUUAUGUCAUGUCAUGUCAUGUUAUGUUAUGUUAUGUUGUUAUGUUACGUUAUGUUAUGUUAUGUUAUGUUAUGUCAUGUUAUGUUAUGUUAUGUUAUGUUAUAUUAUCUUAUGUUAUGUUGUUAUGUCAUGUCAUGUUAUGUUAUGUUAUGUUAUGUUAUAUUAUGUUAUGUUAUAAAGUUAUGUUAUGUUAUGUCAUGUCAUGUUAUGUCAUGUUAUGUUAUGUUAUGUCAUGUUAUGUUACGUUAUGUUACGUUAUGUUAUGUUAUAUUAUGUUAUGUUAUGUCAUGUUAUGUUAUGUCAUGUUAUGUUAUGUCAUGUUAUGUUACGUUAUGUUACGUUAUGUUAUGUUCCAAAGGGUGUGUCUAUGACUGAAUUGCACAAAAACUGAAACAUAUUUUCCAAUAGGAAAUCAUGUAAAUCCAAUUAAUAUUAAUACACAAGACUUUAAAUUUAGAUAGAGUUUUAAUACAGUUUCAGAUGCAAAAAAAACAAUGUGAAAUACAUAGAAAUGGUGACGGAAAUGGAUGGAUGACCAUUUACCGUCACUAUUAUGUAUAAUUGUUGGCCAGGAUGGGGGAGGAGAGAGCCACACAGACGCCACCUUUGCUACGUUGCUAUUUUUUUUGUUAUUUAUUGAAUUGAAUACUGUUUCUCCCUUCAAAGUACUAGCGCUUUCUUUGGCCCCAUGAUGGGUUAUUUUGCACUCGUGAUCGAUAAAAAAAGCAGAGGCUUGUGUAGGAGUGUCUUAGAAUAGACUACUAUUCAACGAUUCGACUCGAAGGAGUCUGGUUCGACUGUCAAUGUGACGCGUGUACGGUAUUGUGUAGUUGUGACCUGCCCUUCAAGGUGUGGGAUAUAGAUGGCACUGACGUUGUGCAUGCUGGGUUAGAGCAAGCUUUAGGAAAUGAGUUAGGAAAGGAAAGCGGUAGGAAGUGUUGACGACUGCACAAUGCCGUCUGCCUGCGAGGCCCCCAUGUCUAUUUCUAACAAAAGGCUGACUUUUCCACAGCCUUCCUGCUGUUGUGUCAUUCGGUCAUCAUUGCAGUAUGAAACUGUCAUGUGAUCAAAAUUGUACCAAUCUGUUUUUGUUAUAGCCUAUUUUGAUACAAAAUCAGCCUAAUUUGUGCAAAUAAAGAAUGGAAAAUGACGUGUGUUUUUAACAAAAUGCCGAUACUUACCACGCAUUAAUAAAAUCAGCCGCUUCCAAGGAGCUGAGGCGAGCAGUAAGCUUGAACGUCUACGGGACGGAAAAAAAUCAUCCAACGUGUGGAAGUGUUUUCAAAAGGAAGAUGAUGAAGAAGUAAAGUGCAGCUUGUGUCAGCAGCUUCUUACAUACCACACCAUAACAAAUAGGUGAGGCUGUUACGCUGUUCCAGGCCGAGCCUGGCCCUUUAAGAAGAACUGCAUUGUGGGAAGUUGAGUGCUGUAGUUCUGUGCUUUAGCAGAGGCGGUGUUGUCGCUUUCAAUUCUCUUGUCUUCUGUCUGCACCGCCCAUUGUCUUCUGCGUCCUGAUUGGUUGUAGACCAUUGUCAAUCAAUCUUCUUUGUGCCGUCUUCCGUUGUGGUCAUGGCUAGCAAGCUAGAUAACCGUGUGAGCUGCUUGCUAACCGCCACUACUGUAAACAAUAGUAGAAACAGAAGAAGCUAACCGCGUGUGUUUGCAAGGUUUCUCCCCAACAAAACCCACAAUGUGGACUACGUAAACUUUCUGCACCCAAAAGGCAGAGGAAGCCAGCCAUCACACAAAAAGUUGGACUUCUGGACAUGAUGAAGGAAGGCAGAAGUUACACGGCUGUAGGUCACCAUCGUGGAAUACUGUAAAUGAAUCUUUGGUUCAUGGAGGACGAGGAGGAGGAGUAAAAUACAACAACAGGAGCAAUAUGUCUUAACAAGAUGUCUGAACAAGGAUGAAGAGGACGGAGAGGCACAGUCAGAGGAGGGACUUAAUAAUUUCUUGUGUCCAACCUAGUAGGUUGAUCAUUAAAAUUCAAACGGAAUUUGAACUUUAAGAGUGUUUAAAAUGUGAGAAAAUGUUAAUGUGAGAAUCUGAGAAAGUGUAUAAAGUGUAUGGUGAGGGGUUUUACAGCCUUAAAACAUAUAUAAUUGUUAAAAAAUAAAGUUGGCUACUUUGCGGAUUUCACUUAUUGGAGGCUAUUUUGGGAACCUAUCCCCCGCGAUAAACGAGGGAACACUAUAUCCCCACUGGAUUUUAUUCCAAGAAAUGAAGUUGCUAACUGAGAGUUUUAGAAAGUUGUUGUUUUGCAAGCCGUGUUGUUCCUACAGUACUUCGUAUGCACUUGUCUGCUGUGUAGUACGUCCACUUGCACAGACAGAAUGCGCCCACUUGCCGACAGCGAUUGUU